AUGGAUGAAGGAAUAUUGAGCAAAUGCUCCACAAAGAAUAGCAUAAACAACAUACCAUAUAGUAAUUUCUUAAUGGCAGAAAAAAGAAAACUGAUGGAAGAUGAUAAUAACAUUAGUAGGUAUAAUAAUAUAUAUAUGAACAAAAGGGUUAAAGUAUCAUUAUUUGAAAAUUUCGAAUCUUUGAAGAAACAAAGACUAAGUGAAAAUGAUAUAUGUAUAGAUCAUUUUAAAGAUAUGGACAAGUAUAUUAAUCAAGUAAAAGAAUUAAAAGAUUUAUAUAACUCCCUCUUUACUGAUAAUUUAAAGGAUGAACAUGAUCUCUUAUAUGUGAAUAAAAAAUUCUGUAGCAUUCAGUGUAAUGACAUUAUAGAUAGAAAUAUCUUUUUUGAAAAUUCGACAGAACGGUCGAAUAGUGGCCUAUACAAUUAUGGAAAAAGUGUAGUUACUCUUCCCAAUGAUGCUUUGAUAAAGAAAAAACAGAUAAAUGAAGUGAACAUAGAUGAAGUAACUAGUAAUGAAAUAGACACCAGUGAAGUAGAUACCGAUGAAGCAGAUUUUCGUUGCAUAGAGAUGUAUGAAGGAGACAGGUGGAAGAAUCUCAAAAUGGAACGAAAGAACGCAAAAAUUAAAGGAACUAUUUUUCCCAAAGGAAGGAGAAAUGUGAAUAAUACACAGAAAAUAAAUGAAGAAAAUUUAUGUAGCUAUCUUCGAUAUAAUAAAAGAAUGAGAACUUUAGGAAAAAGAGUACUAAAUUGUGUUUCAAACCAAAUAUUAUACAUUGACGACUUGUCAAUGUAUGAUAUUUUGUUAUUAGUUUCAUUUGUUACACAGUUACAAAAUGAACAAAAAGAAAAUGAAAAAGAAGAAAAAAAUUUAGAAGUCAUGGCAAACAUUGAUGAUUUUCGAGUCAAUGCACAUUCGUUAAAGGAAAUUUUUAGAAGUUAUUAUAAGGAAAAAUGUUUUCAAUGUUUUACAUGUGGAAUAAGAUUUAGUACAAGUUUAGAAAAGUUAAAUCAUUUAGAGAAUCAUUAUAAAAAAAAUAAAUACUACACAAGUAGUACUAUGGAAAAAGCAGGUGUAAAUAGAAAUAAAAAGAAAAUUAUUUACCUUGAUCAUAUGAGUAUACCUAUAGAAUUUUUUAUAUGUAAAGAUUAUUCCAUUUUUGAGGAUGUAUAUGAAAAUAAUGUUACAAAAAAUUGUAACUCCUUCUAUUACAACUCCAAUUUUGAUACUGAACUGAAGACCAUAAAUGUGAAUAAUAAUUAUGAAAAUGUGAAUGAUUUUCCGUUUUUAAAAAGUUCUAAAGGUGAGAAGAAGGCUGAAUCAAAUUUUGUAAACCAAGCAGUUGGAUUAACAGCUGAUUGGGCCUACGACGCUGCCGAACAUGCAGGUGCCAGACAUUCCUUUGUUGAAGAUUCCAAUUUGGAAGCACAUUUGAAUAAGGUAGAUAAAUUCGUUCGUAAUAAAAAAGAAAGAAGCCAAGAUAGAUGCCAAGAAGAAACCCUUGAUUUUUACAUUUCAUCAAAGAUACACAAAAUGAAGGAAAUAAGGGACACUUGUUUUGACAACAAUGCACAAAACCUAUUCCAUUUUAGAAAGAACUCCAGUGAAAUCGACCAUUUUUUUUGGUCAAAAUGGAAUAAUGAUACACAAAGGAGGAAAAAUGAAAAAAAAAGCAAAAAAAAAUUUAACAAUAUAGAAAAUGAUGAAAAUGAUACAUCCGCUGAUAAUGAUAAUAUGAAUAAUGAUAAAUACAAGGAAAACGAAGAUGAGAUGAACUUUUUUGAUUUUAUAUAUGGAAAUCAAAACACGUAUGAUGUGAAUCUGUCGAAUUAUUACAUCGUGACAGAGGAUAAUAGUGUCCACAUAAAUUAUAUUGAUGGAGAAGUAAUGUAUAAAAACAUUAUGAAAUGCUUAGAGAUAAAUGAUAUAAACAAUUAUGAAUUUCCCUCUUGGAUACCUAGGAGAAGCAUACAUAAUUUUCUUAUUAAACCUGUUACAGAAAUAUAUCGACAGCAUGCCAAUAGUAGCAAUUCUUAUGGAAAUAUUUCAGUUACCAAAGGGAUGGGUAAUAUUUUUAUGAACCAGUAUGCUACGAGUAAUUCCAAAUUGGCGGAAAAACAGGAGGUGCAAAACAAUAUCUGGAACUUGUGUACAAAUGGUGAUUUUUACCUAAGUAAGCAUUUGACUCCUAUGAAGGUUUUUUUCCCCUUAUCUCUUGGAGAAAUUGAGAGUACCAGAUAUGAAAAGCACAAUAACAAAUGUGUUAUGCAUACUGGAGGAGUGGGAAAAGAAGCAGACCAAAUGGGAACGCUCCUCAAAAUAACAAGAACCAGCACGCAUAAAGACAUCCAUGACAUUGAUACAAAAGUUAUCAAUGAGGAAAGAACCAUAUCCUACGAAUUAAAUCCAUUCCCGGAUGAAAUCAACCAACGCAAAGGUAUUAUCGAGAAAAGGAUCCUAAGAGAGGAGGAUCAGGAUCCGUUGGAUGAAAAUGAGAGAGCAAAUUAUUCCAUGGAAGAUUGUGCAAAUAAUGAAACCUGUGAAUCAUAUAAAAACAAAGAAAAAAACUUAAUAAUACAGAAAAACAUAAUGCAAUCAUUUCUUCACAUCUUCGAUGAAAAGUUCUUUCUACAAACGAGUGCCUUUAUAGAAGUAUUUCUGUACUACUUAAGGGAUAAAUAUUUUAAAAUAAGUCAUAAUUUCAAAAACGACAAAUAUUUUAAUGAUACACAAGAUAGGUUAUUUAGUUAUAUAUUAAAUAACUAUACACAGAAAAAACCAAUAUUUGAUAUUAAUAAUUAUGAAGCAAAUAAAUGUUUUUUAUGUAAAGAAAAUCUUCUAUUUGAUUAUUCAUAUGAAUACAAUGACUUCUACUAUACAGAUGCGCUAUCAGUGGAUUUGAAUAAUCUAUUUGAUGCUCAGGUUCAGGUUGAUGGUUGUCACAAUGACAAUGAUAAUGUCAAUGAUCAAGAGAACAGUUAUAGUUUCAAUUUUUAUACCAGAAGAAUUGAUGAAUUAAGUGAUAAAUUUAUAUAUAGUGAACUAAGUUACGACAUACUAGACGAGGGAAUGAAGGAAGCGGAAAAUUUUUUUAAAAAAAUAGAAAAUUAUAGCACACAUUUGGAUAUUGGAAUGAGUCAACAUAAUGAAGAAAAAAAUGCCACUACUACUAUGACAACUACUACUACUACAACUACAAGUGAUGAUCGUCUUGAUAGAAAGGACGAGGAGGAGGAGGCACCAGCCUACAGUUCAAUAAGCAUGAACGAUCUUUUGGAAAAUGUAAAAAAAAUAAUUGUUGAUAAAUGUAUGAUCAAAAGAACUGUCAUAGAGCCCUCGUUAAGCAACAGUCAGCAAUUAAAGAAUAAAAACAACAAAAAAAAAGAUGAUCACAUUCAUCAUUACAGGAAUUUAUUUAAAAAUUUAUGCAUUCCAUAUGAAACUUUAAGAAUUUUGCAUAAUAUACAGAAAGAGGAAAAUAAUAAAAACUCUACCAUUAGCACAUCUCAAUUUGAUAUUAACCAAGAAUAUGCAAAUGAAGAAAUUGACAAAUUUGUAAAUUAUUUUGAAAAUGUUACUCAACAAGUAACAAAUUCGAUAAGCGAAAGUGCAUACAAGGACAAAAAAAAAGACAAACAUAUUUUUAACCACAUCACAAGUUGCUAUAUAAAUGAUGAUGAUGAAAAAAAAGAGAAUUUUAUUCAUACCUUUUUUCCCUCCAAAAAUUAUUUGCACACAAAUUUUACUUGUUUUCACAAUCAAUGUUUUAAAAUGUAUGUGCAUUAUUAUUUUUUCCCUUAUUAUUUCUUAACCAAAUUGGAUGAUCAUGUUUUCAAAAAAAUUGUAAUAUCUGCUAUUACGAAUUUUUUUAAAGCAUACCAACGUAUUUGUGUAUUUAAAAAUUCAAACAUGAAACAAACAAGAAGUCUUUGUGUAAAACGAAAGUUAUCAUCCAAGGAGAAGCAGUUCCAAAGGAGAAAAUACUUUUAG